CGGCUGACUGGAGGCAUAAACCAAGAGGACUCCUCUGCACGGGUCCAUCACCAUAAAGGGCAGAAUGUCGACGGCAAGAAGUUGACUCCCUGCGCACGCAUCAUUAAAAGGUCUCCUUGAGCGCUCGUUUGCCCUCACCUGUCCCUGAUUGGCAGUCUGGCACACCUGGGGGCCAUUGCCAAUCAGGCCACUUUUUAUACCUGCCUGAGGCUUGUUUGCUGUAAGCUUUUUGCAGCUCGCUAUCUUCUACUUCCUCCUUUCCUGUUUGCCUGUUCCUGCACUGCAAAAAGUGAAAUCUCGUUUGACAAAACCCACCCAGUGGUCACCGUGGAGAUAUGGAGUCUGUCUGCUGAUUGGAGAGCGAGCUUCCGUGACAUUUAAGUUUGAACAGUUGAACUCACUUUGAAGUUAAAUUGGAGAAAUCACCCAAAUAUCAACAACACCCAUUUUCCUAUUUGUUGUGCCUGAGUUGCAAGUCCUGAGUGUGAUGUGAGGACCAAGUUAUUCCUUGCAGAGGUUUUAAGUUACACGCUGUCACCCAAUCCCAACCCGCCCCAAAAGCCUCCAUCCCCGCUGCAAGAGCGCGUGGGCGGCACCUCCACCUCCACGUUGGCGUUAAAAGGCGCACGCAGGCCGCAGCCGCACUUUCCCCUCACUUGUCACCUGGACUUGGCGGAUGUUCUAACAAAGCCACCCAGUUCGGGGGUAAUAUCUUUCUGGGGGGAGGGGGAAGUUAGUGGAGCAUGAGGGAAGAGGACUCCUCCCCGAUGGACAGCGCGGGGAACAGCGAGGAGGAGGCCGAGCGGCAGCCGCCGAGGAGAGGCGCCAGGAAGCGGCGCGCGGCGGUGGCGGCGGCGCGCAGGAGCGCGGACGACCCGCGGGACGACCUGGACGUGGCGGGAAAGAAGAAGACGACCACGUCGACGACGUCGUGCGAGCGCGUGGGCGGCAGCGCGGCCAGCAGCCCUGCGCGCUCCGUGGAAGACGCGCAGACGCAGCGCGUCAUGGCCAACGUGCGCGAGCGCCAGCGCACGCAGUCGCUGAACGAGGCCUUCACGUCGCUGCGCAAGAUCAUCCCCACGCUGCCCUCCGACAAGCUCAGCAAGAUCCAGACGCUCAAGCUGGCCGCGCGCUACAUCGACUUCCUGUGCGAGGUCCUGCGGAGCGACGAGGCGGACGCGCGGGGCUCCAGCUGCAGCUACGUGGCGCACGAACGCCUCAGCUACGCCUUCUCCGUGUGGAGGAUGGGGGGCUCCUGGGCCGUGUCCACCGCCUCCCACUAGUGGGGAUAAAACGGAUGCGACAACAAAGAGUCGGACACCAAGUGCAGCCGCCGGGAUCUGAGAGCGGGGGACAUGUUUGGGGUCCCCCCCCCCCCCCCUCACGUUUGCAAGGGAGCACUUACAGGACCAGACGGAUAUGAAGAAAGACCGCUAUGAAUGUUCGGAGGAGGGAGGGAGAAAAAACACACAAAACCAAAAUGCCUUUCACAUUCCUGGAGACAAUGUUUCAACAGCAAAUGGACUAUUUAUUUUUUCUACCGGUGCCAAACCCAAAAGAGGCUAUUUAUUUUGGGGUGUCACGAGAACGCUGAGCCUUGUAAAUAUUUGCUACAAUAAACAAAUGAACGUA